AUUAGUAAACGCAACUUCUUCCAAAAGCGUCAUUAGUCUAAAUUCUACUGUCUUCCACGCAAUCUAGAGAGAGAAAGAGAGAGAAAGAGAGAGAAAAUAGAGUGAAGAAAGCGAGUGAAAUAUCAUCAAAUUUCUUCCAUUUUUCGACCUUCAAUUGCUUAUUAUUCACGAACUUUUCUCUAUUUCUCUCUCUUCAACUUCAUCGAUAAACACCAAUUCCAUUUCCAAAGAAGCGAUCGGAAAUUGAAGAUGUUAGACGGCUUGCUUGGAAAAAGUGGAUUCUACUCUAAAUGUAAAUCGUUGAUUAAGCAGACGAGAACUCGAAUCGAGGUUGUGCGAAGGAAGCGAAAUGCAACGCAGAAGUUUCUGAGAAAAGACAUUGCUGAUCUAUUAGCUAAUGGACUCGAGAAGAAUGCUCUUGGAAGAGCUGAUGGAUUGAUAUCGGAGCUGAUUCUUUCUUCGUGCUAUGAUUUUAUUGAUCAUGUUUGUGAACUCAUUUUGAAGCAUCUUCCAGUUUUGCAAAAACUCAGGCAAUGCCCAGAGGACUGUAGGGAGGCUGUAGGAUCCUUAAUUUUUGCUGCUGCCAGAUUAUCAGAAUUACCCGAGCUUCGUGAACUCAGAGACUUGUUCCAGGAAAGAUAUGGAAGCUCCCUGGAGUACUAUGUAAAUCAAAAGCUGGUCGAGAAUAUAACUCCUAGACCACCAUCUAUGGAAAAAAACAUCCAACUAUUAGAAGAGAUAGCAUCUGAAUUUUCAUUGAGGUGGGACAGUAGGGGAUUUGAAGAGAGAAUGGCUAAAGCUUCCGUCUCCGAGCAGAAGCACCAGCGAAGUCCUGAGACUCUCUAUGCUGCUCAGAGUAAUAUUUCAACACCUCUCGCUAAAGAUACUGUUCAGAGGACAGUCAAAGCUGAAGUUUUGCCAAAGAAAAGGAGUGAAGCUACUUACCAAAGUAGAGAAAGACAAGUUGAUAGCAGACAUCAAACUGAAACCAGCAGAGACGGUAAUUUUGACAGAAAAGAUGAACUGAGGUAUGAUGUUGCACCAGAACUCACCAAAAACAGGUACAAGCCACCUUCUGUUAAGGAAGAGAGUCAUCAGAAGAAAGAGGACUACAACAAUAAUUUUCAACGGAGAAUACAGAAGACUGAUAGAUAUGUUUCUGAAGAGAAUAAUGCUGAAGAAGUUAUUCAAGUCGGCAAUACAUCUCACGGGAAAAGAUCGGAAUCUCUUGAUAAGCUGGGUAGACAUAGGCAGGAUGAUGAGUUAGAGAUAGAUCUUUUAAAGAUAUUAUCACAACAAAAACCUGAUCCACGACCAGCCAAUAAUGGAUUAAGAUCCCCAUCUUCGGUCCAUAAUUAUCCUGCUGAAAACAUUCAUGUAAGAUCCAUGAGCAAGAAGCAAGAGGAUGUGACAGAUGGAUUGAAAUCCAAUUUCAGGGGUGGUGUUCCGCCUCCAUAUCUGAAACCAAGAAAAAGCAAGCAUAAAGUUGAUGUAGAAGAGAAUGACACUUUGACCUUUAUUCCAGCAGGCAACAGCAACAGGUUAGGAAACCCCCCAACAAAACCUGAUUUACCUGAUGCCCAUGAAAAUGUGGAUGGGGUAGAACGUGUCACAGAAAUUUACUACAAGGAUGAAAGUGGUGUUGAAUCCACUCCUAGACGAAGAUCACAUAGGAGGAGACACUCACGAUCUGCAUCGUCCCAAGAUGCUAAAGUGAAUGGUGAGGUGGGAAAUGAAGAAAGGGUUGUCCGGCGUGUUUCAACUAGCAGGAGGAGACACGAAUCAAAAAAAGGUCUCCAAAUUCUGUUUGAUGAUGACCAUGAACAGAAGGAUGAUGAAGAGAAGAUGAUUGACAAGUUGUUGCUUCACUACAGCAAGAAGCCUUCUUCCAGUGAUCCUGGAAAGCCGAGGAAAGAGACUAAAAACAGAAAGAAUGAUGCAAUUAAAUCUCCUCUUCAUAAAGCUGCAGUUGGCACUAGCAUGGAUGAGGAGGAUUCAACACCGAGGAAAGAGACAUCUAGGUCGAUGUCCUUUCCUUCUCGACCAGUGACCCAAUCUGAGCCACAGAAGGUAUUUGCUCGUGCUGCUUCCUUCCAGCAGGAGGCUCCUGCAAAGCAUGUGCACCCAAAGCUUCCUGACUAUGAUGAUUUAGCUGCAAGGUUUGCUGCCCUCAGAUCAAGUAAAGACUAAAAGCUCCAAAUUUUGGUAACAAUCUCAAAUCAUUCCUUGAUUACUACACUAUCUGCCUAUUGCAUUCACUAAGCAUUCCUGCUGCAAGAGAUCUUAGAAGUUCUAUGUCGAAUUACCAAGGUCGAGAAAUGUUCUUCGAAUUAUAUGCAGACUCGAACCCAGCAGGGAGCGUUUUGGUUUCCUGGGAAAUGGCGGUAUCAUUGUACCAUAUUCAAGAGUAACAAAUUGUUGACCAUGUAACUACUAUACUGUAAAAUUGAUGUUACCAAUUGCAUGUUACCAUAUUCAAAAAAGAAAAAAAAAGAACUCUUUAACACGGUUUAAGCUUCAUGAUUUAAUACAAUAGUAGUAGUUCAAUUUUUAUUUCA